GUUGCCAUGGCAGCGGCCGGGCGGGCUGCUUAGCAGAGGAAAGAUGGCGGUGACGGGCUGGUUGGAGAGUCUGCGGACAGCCCAGAAGACUGCACUGCUGCAGGACGGGAGAAGGAAGGUGCACUAUUUAUUCCCAGAUGGCAAGGAAAUGGCUGAAGAAUAUGACGAGAAGACGAGUGAACUACUUGUGAGAAAGUGGCGUGUGAAAAGUGCCCUGGGAGCCAUGGGCCAGUGGCAGCUUGAAGUAGGAGAGCCAGCGCUCCUAGGAGCAGGAAACCUGGGGCCUGAACUCAUCAAGGAAAGCAAUGCCAAUCCUAUCUUCAUGCGCAAGGACACCAAGAAGAGUUUCCAGUGGCGAAUUCGAAACCUCCCCUAUGCUAAGGAUGUCUACAGUGUCUGUGUGGACCAGAAGGAGCGCUGCAUCAUUGUCAAAACAACCAACAAGAAGUACUACAAGAAGUUCUCCAUUCCUGACCUAGAUAGACACCAGCUACCUCUGGAUGACGCCUUGCUAAGCUUUGCCCACGCCAACUGCACCCUGAUCAUCUCUUACCAGAAGCCAAAGGAGGUUGUGAUGGCUGAGUCCGAGCUACAGAAGGAACUAAAGAAGGUAAAGACAGCCCACGGCAACGAUGGGGACUGCAAGACCCAGUAGUUGGCCGCUGAGCCUUAUACCUCCAGCACAGGGGGUGCCGUGAGACUUCAAGGCUUGGUCCUUCUUGACCACGGCAGCCUCCUAUCUUCUAGGAGCUAUCACGGGUCUACAAGAACUGGGCCGUGGGGCACUCCUAGCCAGUGAGUCAUGGUCGUAUUUCCUGAGUAAAGUCAUUCUGAGCUACUUACUGCA